UGGUAACCGCGUCUGGCGGCCGCGCACGAAGGUUCCAUUGUUGUGGGAUAGGGGGAUAUGGAGGUCGCGCCCGGCGUUGCCUGGGGAAUGCAGGGGCUCAUAGUAGCAAAAUGGGCCUCUCCCUGUUUGCCCCUCUGCUCUUCUUCCUUGCGACCGCAAAGCAAAGGGCACCCCUUCCUAGUGGGUGUAAGGGCAACAGGCGUCCGCUGUUGCAUGCAGAACUUUGCAGGGUCGCCUGGGGGACCUGUGACUGAACCGGCCCUGAGUUCGCGGGCCACGGCGCCUUCAGGAGGCUGGUCGAACAGAGAAGAUCAGAGGGAGAAAUGGGAGGCUCCUAAAAGUGGAAACUUGCCACCAUUUGUCAGUUUACGAGAAACUGGACAGUGGCUUAUUGCAAGAAGAUGGAAAUCAUCAAUGUCACCGCCAUGCCAGUGGUGCCACUGGCCGACCCCCUGGCCGUCUCGCUCACCGCCCAGGACGCGACGCAGAAUGCUGCGAGGAAGAGUCUGGAGGGCAGUCCACCCUCCUGCCUCAUCGGCUCCAUCCACCAGGUGAACCAGAAGAUGGCCGAAAUAGACCUGAGCUGCAAGCUGUUGGACAGCAGCCUGGCAAUUGAGAGAUUUGCAUUGGAGAAGAAGGCUUUAACAGAGAACAGUCACGGCAGCUCGGGAGACAGAGACACAAGCCAAAGAAAACCACAGGUUCCUUGCAGCAGCCCGGAAUCCAGGAAUGUCAAGUCUGUCACUGUUAAAAGGAAAACAGCAGAUAAAAACCUGCUGGCAGAGCUGUACCAGUGCACCCAGUUUGACAGCUCCAGGCCGAAUGAGCUCCCCAACGGCGUGGUGUUCUGUGACAUGGUGGACAACGUGGUCCAGUCCGAGAGGAGCACCCUCAGUGGCAAGUCUUUCUGUUCGCAGAGAGAAUUAGAGAAGUAUCUCUCUUCUCCCUCUCUGAGAGCCAUAUGGCUGGAUAGCUUCUGGUGGAUCUUUCAUGAAAGGUUCCAGCCAAACAGAGAGAUCCAGAACAAGCUGUUCGACCGGAUAGCCCAGCACUACGCCCUUCUCCUGUUCCACGGGUCCAGGUCCCACUAUGAGGAGGCGAUCUUAAAAAGGUUGCCGUCACUUUUGAGUAAGGGCCUGUACACCAGCUUCUGCUGCUGCUUCCCUCAGUCCUGGUUCAACUCACACGAGUUCAAGUCCGACGUCUGCAACACCAUGAGCCUGUGGAUCUCAGGUAUAUAUCCUUGCCCACAGAGCUAUGACAGUUGGGACUACUCAAAACUGGAUCCAGAGAGAUUCUGGAGAGAAGAAUUAAUGUCGCAUAGAAGAAAACCGAUAAAGGGAAGAGAGCGGUCCUUCCUCACUUCUAAGACACCCUCUUCACAGAAGUCUACCCAGAGCAAGAAAGUCCCCGGUCUUCAGUCUACUAGUGCAAUUUCAAACAGCGAGAAAGACUCUGUAUCCAAGAAGACUUCAGAGGACACCUCCCAAAUACAGAAUGCCAUGAGAGAGCAUUCUGGUCAGCCUCGGGUCUUGAGGAGAGCUACACAGCAAGUCUUGAGGAUAUCAGAAGCAAGACUGUAUGAGAUUAUGCAUCUUAAGAAGUCUCACCCUGCUUGCAAAAACCCUGAGCUGACUUCAAGCCUCUUCAAUGUUUACGGGAAGAGCCCUCUGAUCGUGUACUUCCUCCUGAACUACGUCACUCUUCGGCGUAGCGGUCAAGACGUGUUGAUAACCCGGAAGGAGAAAACCAAGACCAUCCCUGAGUCCAGCCUGACCUAUGCUGAUAUCAUCAGCACAACCCUGUGCAACAUCAAGAGGCGAAAGGAGACCCUCCGGCAGCUGAACCUUCUCCACUGGAGCGAGUGGACUUACUUUGACGAGUACCUGAAGGAACAGCAGGACACCUUCCUCAGGGAAGUGAAGAACGUAGACCAAAGAGAAGCAGAGAAGAAGAAGGCGAACCACAUGUUCAUCCACCCUUCGGUCCUCAAUGAGGGGAUGACAAAGAAAUCUAGAGGAAGCAUUCAGAGGGAGAUUGCAUUCCUUUUAAGAAAGGAAAAGGCAGAGAAAGAGAGACAGAAGUUGAACUGUCCUCCCAUCCCACUUCCGAGCCCCAGGGAAGUCCCGUCCCUGGAACUAGGAAGCUCCAGCAGCUCUUCUGACGUUCCCGGUUCCAGUGGAGGCAGCCGACGCUCGGAGAGGCUUAGUGACUGCUGACCCCAGGCUCUCUCAUUUGAGAGCAAGAAAGUGGGGGAGAGAAAGAGAUGUUGAUGUGAAGGAGAAACAUCAAUUGGUUGCCUCCAGUACAGACCCUGACAGAGGACAGAACUCAAGACCUUUCAGUGCACAAGACAAUACUCCAUUCAGCAGAGCCAUACCACCAGGGCGACAUCCUUUUUAGACAUCAUCUCCCUUAAUUCCCCAAGAUGGCGCUGUUACCUCCAUUUCUUCCACCGGGGCUUGGAGAGGUUGAGCAAUAUUCAUUCCGUGUCUGUUGUGUGUCCUGCCUGCACUAGUUCUGUGGUUACAGGGAUGAAUAGAGACCCCGUCCCUGACCUUACAGGGCUCACAGUCUACAAGACGGGGUAGGAUGUAUAAACGAAGAAUGCAUUAAUACUUUGCCAGAAAUCUGUGUGGAAUCCAAGAAAAACCCAGGGGAGAGAGACUUCACUGAGGCUCAGAGGUACAGGGGCCAGUGUGCAGAAGGACGUGCAGCUGGGCUGAGAGGCUCAGCCAAUGUCACUUUGGCCUCAUGGUCCAAGGAGUGACCUGUUCUGGGUGACAACAACCUGCUUGGCACAGCCAAAAGGGAGGAAACCAUGCCAGUGGCCGUGUGCCUGAACCAAGAAGCAAGUGAGUGCAUUCUUAGGACCUGUGGUGUCUCCAAGGAAUAUGGCUCUUCUCCUGAACCUGAGUGUCACUCCUGGUGACCACCCCUAGAGAUACUACCCAGGUAAAGAGGUGCAGGACAGGUGGUAGAGAAGGAGCCCAAGCUUUGGCCCCAGAAAAUUCAGGCCUUGGAGUCCCCACCCUGCUGCAUAAUGGAUGUUGACUUCAGGCCCAGAAGCACUGAGCUUGUGCUCUUGAACACAGAGAAGAAUGCCUGCCUGCCUGCCAGGGUAGUGUUGUCGUGAAGAUUAAGUGAUAGAAUUUAUGCCAGGUUCCUGGCACAGCGUAUUUCACUUGGUAGUUGCUACCAACUAUUAUUAUUUUUGUUGUUGUUUUCAUUGCUAUUGUAAAGCAUGCUCUUCUGAAAGCAGCACGUGCUGAGCACCUGCCAUCCAUGUGUGAGGUGCCGUACGGCUUAGGUAACCAGAGCAGUCUGUCCCUCCCCUUUGUUACCUAAGCCACAAUCAACUCUUUUUUUACAUUUACUAAAGCUGGGACAGUGAAACCAGGAAGGGCUUAGGACAGAAGAAGGAACAGGAGAGCCCAGGCUGGGCUGCUCGGCUUACUGAGAGGUCAGAGAAAAGGGGGCCCUGGAGACAGAGUCAGGGGGUUAGCCCAGGAGGAGCUGCUCCUGCCCAUGGCCCCCCUGGUUGCAAGUCUCAAGGGGACCCUUAGGGUUUAGGAGAUGCUGCCUUUUGGGGAGGAAGAGGAGAAAGGGGAAGGUGCAGGCACGCUCCCUCAGGGACCGUGCCUGCAAUCAGCUCUUUACUUGCAGUUUUCUCCUGAGGAGCCACGCUCACCCUCCUGUUUAUGGGCCUUUUGCCUAUUGCUGCUUCAGGACCUGGAUCCCCCCCCUUUCCCCUCUUAACUCACAACAUUGCUAAUUCCUGCUCCUCCUCCAGGAAGCCUUCCCGGAAACACCACCAGCAAGGUGGACAGAUGUGCCCCUCCUGCUCCCACAGCCUUUCGUGCACUCCUGUCGUGAGCAGUUCCCACAGGUGUGCUUACCUGCUCACCUGUCCCUGCCACUGGCCCCUGCUCAGGAGGAAGGCCACCUGGUUUUCAACAUCCAAGAUGAAUUGCCCUACCGUCUUUCAAGACAAUCCUUUGCAUAGUGCUUGAGUUCAAGAUCAUCCUUGCAUGGACCACUUCCCAGAAAUUCCUGAAGACUCCUAACCAUAGGCCUCUCAGGAAGGUCAAGAUAAAAGACCUAUUUUCCCUCUUUAUAAAUUAUGGGGAAGAAUUUUUUACCCUUUAUAAGGGGAGGGGCAUAGAGCAUCAAAGGAAACUAACAUUUAAAAAGCAUUUACAGUAAUGCGUGAUACAGCAAGUAACCGUGUGACACUCCAGCUCUGUCAUUCCCAGUGUUGCUGCGAACGAGUACUCUGAACAUGGAAGAGAGGAAGUCCAGAUGUUACAUCAGAAGAGAUAAGAGUCCUGUAGUCCUGGUUUUUAAUUGAUUAUGAACUGAGGGUAUAUUUUGUCUUUAAACAAACAGUUGCCUAAGGAAGGGUGGUGGGGGUGGUUGGGGAGGGAAGGGGGGAAUGGAGGGAAUUACAAAGAGCCCCGAAGAAACUUUUGGGGUGAUGGAUAGGUUCACUAUCUGAAUGUGGUGAAGGGUGUACAGAUAAAGACACAGCAUAUGCCCACAUUUUAAAAAUUUUAAAAUUUUUAGAGAGAGGGGAUGGUGGGGAGAAGGAGAGGAAAACAUCGAUGUGUGAGAGAAAUGUUAGUCGGUGCCUCUUGAAUGUGUCUCGACUGGGGACCCACAACCCAGGCAUGUGCCCUAACUGGGAAUCAAACCGAUGACCUUUCAAUUUGCAGGACAGUUGGUUGAGUGCUGGUCUGUGAACCAAAGGGUCCCCAGUUUAAUUCCCAGUCAGAGCACAUGCCUGGGUUGCGGGCCAGGUCCCCAGUAGGGGACACAUGAGAGGCAACCACACAUUGAUGUUUCUCUCCCUCUUUUUCCCUCCCUUCCCCUCUCUUUAAACAUAAAUUUUAAAAAUCUAAAAUAAAAGAAAAUUAAUGGGCCACCUUUGAAGGAUACUAAGGAACCAAUUCAUUAUUUUGAGGACUGGUAAAUAAAGGAAAUGAAUCAGUAUUUAUCAUGUCAUUCCCAUGUGAACUGUAUCACUAGAUAAGCAAACAGAUAAGGGGAAGUUUCUCUUCAAAAUAUUCCUAAUAUUUUGAAGAGAAACUUCAAAUAAAUAAAUCAGAGAUAAAUCAAGGAAUGAUAGAAUUAAACUAUCACCAUUUGGUAACACCCGAUGAAUUAAUGAAUCUAGGUUGAUUAUCAACAGCCGCUAACAUUGGUUGCCUCUUGCAACCCAGGCACGUGCCCUGACAGGGCAUCACACCGGGACCUCUUGCUUUGCAGGAUGACACUCAACCAACUGAGCCACACUGGUCAGGGCGAUCUCUGAACCUUUUAAACCCGCACCCGCCAGUGCCCUCCCAUUGGCAACCAUCAAAAUGUUCUCUGUAUCUAUGAGUUUGUUUUUGGUUUGUUUGUUCAUGUAUUUUUGCUUUUAGAUUCUACAUAUAAGCGGACUCAUACAGUAUAGUCUUUGACUUCUUGCACUCAGCGGACUCAAUGUUUUUCAACGAGUAGGUUGCAAAGGAAAAGAAAGAGGAAAAUCUGUAUAUUAAAAGACACUUAAAAGGCAUCAAUAAAUUGCACUGUGUAGAUAUUUUUUGAGUCCCAGUGGAAACAAACUUUAAAAAAGGUAUGACGUUUAUGAGAUAAUUAGAUGUUUGAAUGCUUCCUGGAUGUUUGAUAUUAAAAUUUUUAUUAAUAUUUAGGUGUGAUAAUGGUACCAUGUUUGUUUUUAAAAGAGUUUGAGAUAUACACUGAAAUAUUUACAUAAAAUUAUAUGAUGUACGGAAUUUGCUUCAAAAUAAUAUGAGAGAGGAAGUGGUUGGAAGUAUACAUAAAGCAAGAUUAGCUAUGUGUUGAAAAUUGUUGAAGCUGGCUGAUGGGAAUAUUAUACUGUUUCACUUUUGAAUGUAUUUGAAAUUACCCACAAUAAAAAUGAAAGGCAUACACU